CGGAAGAUUAAAAGCCUCAUUUUACUUCCGACUAAUAAAGUUAUUGUGUACAAAUGAGCCCAAAAAUGUACUUUCGUAACGUGCAGCUUUACUUCACAUUAUUUCAGCUGAAUGUAGGUUUAAUGGCACUUUCUCAAAAUUCGUAUAUCCGUGAAGCGUUUUAUCCAGGUGGCAUGAUUAUCCGGAAAUGCACACCUGUGGCUGAAAUCGAGCUCAAUUUUAAUCGAACACAAUUGGAAAAUCACAAGCUCUACAGACAUUAUACAACCACCAAUGCCGUUGGGGAUCAGUGUUAUUUUGCUGAAAAAAGGAAACUCUCAAUUGCACGCAUUGUGGCUAACCAUCCAGCAAGACACAUUUGGAUUAUUCUAUUAAUGCAAUGCACAAAGAGUUUAACCUGAUCCACUUUUGAGGAGACCCAACUUACCUUCGUCGACGGUGAACGUAGAUAUGAAAACGUUAUUUUCUUCAGACUCUGCGUUGAAAGCUACGAACAUGUGUCUUCUAUUCUGGCAAUGCACAGAGAGUGCGUUAAUCAAACGAAACUCGGUGGAUUAUCUAGUCCUUUUGCGAUUUCUGAAAAACAAACUAGUAAACGUAAUGCGU